UGAUUAGGGGGACGCCGCCGGACCAGCCCAGUGACGCCGCUCCAGCCGCUCCCUACGCCCGGUGGACCCUUCCCUCCGAAGUCCAACCCACGGCUCCAUUCAAAGUGCUUUGCGAUCCGGGUGAGAGCCACGUCCAGCCAACCUCAUCCGAGCACGGCGAGACGACGAGGUCCAACUUGCAGUCGGCGGGGACGGGCUUUUUCGGCGAGCCACUCCGGACCCGGGGAAUCACUUCUGGGAUCCUAAUUUUGUCCGCUGAGUGGAUUUAGGACGACAGGGAGCGACUUUCUUGCAGAGAUAAAGAGGGGGGGGAACCUGCAGCCAAAAUGGAGGUGAAGACAUCACUUCUAGACAACAUGAUUGGGGUGGGCGACAUGGUCCUCCUCGAGCCCCUGUCUGAAGACUCCUUCCUGGAAAACCUGAAGAACCGCUUUGACCACAAUGAGAUCUACACAUACAUUGGCAGUGUGGUGAUCUCCAUGAACCCCUACCGGUCCCUGCCCAUCUACACACCCGACAAAGUGGAGGAGUAUCGCAACAGAAACUUCUACGAACUCAGUCCACACAUCUACGCGUUGGCGGAUGAGGCCUACCGUUCGCUGAGGGACCAGGACAAGGACCAGUGCAUCCUCAUCACAGGGGAGAGUGGGGCUGGGAAAACUGAGGCCAGUAAGCUGGUGAUGUCAUAUGUGGCAGCGGUUUGUGGGAAGGGCCAGGAGGUGAACAAGGUCAAGGAGCAGCUGCUGCAGUCCAAUCCCGUGCUGGAGGCUUUUGGAAACGCCAAAACAGUGAGGAACGAUAACUCAUCCAGAUUUGGGAAGUACAUGGACAUUGAGUUUGACUUCAAAGGAGAUCCUCUGGGCGGAGUCAUCAGCAACUAUCUGCUGGAGAAGUCGCGCGUGGUGAAACAGCCGAGAGGAGAGAGGAACUUCCACGUGUUUUAUCAGCUCUUGUCCGGAGCCUCUGACGACACACUCAAGAAGCUGAAGCUGCACCGGGACUUCAGCAAGUACAACUACCUGAGUCUGGACUCCGCCGCCGUCAAUGGGCUGGACGACGCGGCCAACUUCCGGACAGUCAGAAAUGCCAUGCAGAUCGUGGGCUUCAUGGAGGAUGAGGUGCAGUCGGUGCUGGAGCUGGUGGCCGCCGUGCUGAAGCUCGGCAACAUCGAGUUCAAGCCAGAGUCGCGCUGUAACGGCACGGACGAGAGCCGCAUCAAAGACAAAAACGAUCUGAAAGAGAUGUGCGAACUGCUGGGGAUCGAACAGUCGGUGCUGGAGAGGGCGUUCAGCUACCGUACGGUCGAGGCUAAGCUGGAGAAAGUCUCCACUACCCUGAAUGUGGCCCAGGCCUACUACGCCAGAGAUGCCCUCGCCAAAAAUCUCUACAGUCGUCUGUUUAGCUGGCUAGUUACGAGGAUCAAUGAGAGCAUUAAAGCACAAGCUAAAACUCGGCACAAGGUCAUGGGUGUGCUGGACAUCUAUGGCUUUGAGAUAUUCGAGGACAACAGCUUUGAGCAGUUUAUCAUCAACUACUGCAACGAGAAGCUGCAGCAGAUCUUCAUCGAGCUGACCCUGCGCGAGGAGCAGGAGGAGUAUGUCAGAGAGGGCAUAGAGUGGACCAAUAUUGAGUAUUUCAACAACGCCAUCAUCUGCGACCUCAUCGAGAAAAACCAAAAUGGCAUCCUGGCCAUGCUGGACGAAGAGUGCCUGAGGCCCGGGACGGUCACAGACGAGACAUUCCUGGACAAACUGAACACCGUCUGUGCCGAGCACCAGCACUUUGAGAGUCGCCUGAGCAAGAAUUCAAAGUUCCUCACCGACCACAGCCUGCCCCACAGUUGCUUCCGGAUCCAGCACUAUGCCGGCAAGGUGCUGUACCGCGUCGAGGGGUUCGUAGACAAGAACAACGACCUGCUAUACCGGGACCUCUCGCAGGCCAUGUACAAGGCCAACCACAGCCUCAUCAAACAGCUGUUUCCUGAGGGCAACCCUGCCAAAGUGAACCUGAAGAGACCGCCGACCGCCGGAUUCCAGUUCAAAGCAUCGGUGGGCACGCUGAUGAGGAACCUGCAGACCAAGAACCCAAACUACAUACGGUGCAUCAAGCCCAAUGACAAGAAGGCGUCCCACAUCUUCAACGAGUCUCUGGUCCGCCACCAGGCGCGCUACCUGGGCCUGAUGGAGAACGUCCGCGUGCGGAGAGCGGGCUACGCCUUCCGCCAGCCCUACGAGCCCUGCCUGGAGCGCUACAAAAUGCUCUGCAAGCGGACCUGGCCCCAUUGGAGAGGACCCGCGAGGGAAGGAGUGGAGGUGCUGAUGACCGACCUCCAGGUUCCGGCAGACGAGUUCGCCUACGGCCGCUCCAAGAUCUUCAUCGGGAACCCGAGAACGCUCUUCUUCCUGGAGGAGAGGAGGAGGCAGUGCCUACAGGACCUGGCCGCGCUCAUUCAGAAGAUCUACCGCGGCUGGAAGUGCCGCAGCCAGUUCCUGCUGCUGAAGAAGAGUCAGAUCGUGGUGGCAGCAUGGUAUCGCCGAUAUGCGCAACAAAAGAAGUACCGGAACAUCAAGAGCGCCACCACCGUGGUGCAGUCCUACACCAGAGGAUGGCAGGCCCGCAAACUCCUGAGAGAGCUGAAAUAUCAGAAGAGAUGUGAAGAGGCGGUGACCACCAUCUCGGCCUUCUGGCACGGCACCCAGGCUCGGACGGAGCUGAGACGCCUAAAACAAGAAGUGCGGAAUAAACAUGCCGUGACAGUAAUUUGGGCAUACUGGCAGGGAACCAAGGCCCGGAGAGAGCUGCGUCAGCUGAAGGAAGAGGCGAGGAAUAAACAUGCCGUGUCGGUCAUUUGGGCCGGCUGGCAGGGCACCAAGGCUCGCAGGGAGCUGAGGAGACUGAAGGACGAGGCCCGGCGUAAGCAUGCUGUCGCCGUGAUUUGGGCCUACUGGCAGGGACUCAAGAUCCGCAGAGAGUACAGGAAGUUCUUCAGGGCAAACGCAGGCAAGAAGAUCUAUGACUUCACCAUCCAGAGAAUUAUGCAGAAAUACUUCCUGGGUCUGAAGAGCACCAUGCCUUCCAUGUCGCCCAUCGACAAGAACUGGCCUGCGAGGCCUUAUCGCUUCCUGGAUGGAGUCCACACGGAGCUCCGGAGAAUCUUCCAUCUCUGGAGGUGCAAGAAAUACAGGAGCCAGUUCACGGAGGAGAAGAAGGCAGUGUAUGAGGAGAAGCUGGAGGCGAGUGAGAUCUUCAAGGAUAAAAAGGCUCUCUACCCAAGCAGUGUGAGUCAGCCCUUCAAGGGAGACUACCUGGAGAUCACCAAGAACCCCAAGUACCAGAAACUCAGCAGUGCAAUGGAGGAUAAGGUUCUGCUGGCGGAUGUGGUUAACAAGAUCAACAGAGCUAACGGCAAGGGAACAGCUCGGAUCUUCCUGCUGACCAAGAACAGCGUUGUCCUGGCCGACCACAAGACGGGCCAGGUGAAGGUCAGCGUUCCUCUGCCAGACCUCAGCAGUGUGUCAGUCAGCACACAGAGCGACGGCUUCUUCGCUCUCAAGCUCAAAGAGGGGGCAGCCUCAGCCGUCAAAGGCGACUUCUUGCUCAGCAGCGAGCGCCUGAUCGAGAUCAUCACCAAACUGCACCGCACCGGGGCCACGGCUGCGGACGGGGAGCAGCUCGACAUCGACAUCUCAGACGAGUUCCUGGUGCAGUUCAAGCACGACAAAGUGUGCGUGAAGUUCGUCCAGGGUCUCCCCAGGAACGGCAACAGCGCGUCCUGCAAGCGCAAGAACAACCGCCUGCUGGAGGUGUCGGUGCCCACGACAGCGUAGUGCACCACCCCCCCUCGACCCCCUCCCCACCUGCUUCCAGGGCUGCCCUCGAGUGCUUCAGACUGGGGAGGGGGCGCUUAAACACAGAACCACCACCCACUCCAAAACUCUGGUCUCGAGAACCAUCACCCCCAUUGCCCACCCUGAGCCCAAACAAUGACAGCGCGGUUAUUUGGCUUUCUGUGUCGUCGUUUUCUACCUUCAGUCUCUUCCUGUCAGAUUUACUGUGGCACCACUAUAGCUGUAAUCAUGUGCCACUUUCUUUUUUGGCAAAGAAAGCCUUUAUCUAGGUUGCAUGCCACAGAAAUUUGGUCAAAUGUUUCACUGGUGGUUUCUGUUUUGUAAAACUGGGGUCAAGAGUUGAAGAUGGAUGAAAUAUAAAAGAGAGAAUCUCGGUGGAGCACGAGAGACUUCCGUAUACCAGUGAGUGAUGUUGAUGAUGAUUGUUCUGCCAGUAUGGCAAGUCAGUCUUCAGAGAAAAAUGUCAGCGUAAGAGCUUUGCGACAAGCCGCCAGCCGCAACUUGCCUCGACUCAUCCGGGGGGUUUUUAAGCACACGGCUUAAAAAUGUGCGAUGAACAGGGGAACGUGUGUGCUCGGCCUGUCGAGAGUUAGUUUUCUCUGGAGAAAGUAAAUACUGCACUUGUUUUCACCUCGGUGUAACCAAAAGAGGAUGACCUGAAAGUGAAUUUGAUUGUAUAAUGUAUUAUUUUUUUCUAUAUAUUUUCUCUCUGACAGGAAAAAAAAAAAAGAAAAAAAAAAUAAGAAGCACAGUGGGCAGUUGAGAAGUCAAAUGUAAUUUGCUAGAUUAUUGUAAAAACCACUUUUGUAUCUACAAUUCCUACGUGCCAUUGAACAGGUCCCACGACUUGUCACGUGUCGGUGUACAAAUAAAAGACAAAAACAUACAGGUGAUUGACCCCGUUCGCUUGCCACUGUCGACAAUAUCGAGGCCAAAAACGAUUAAAUGCGGGGGCAUAUCAAGCUAUAUGGUGGCCAUUAUUUUGAAAGCACUGCGCGCGUGAUCAAUUUUCCAUUCCCUCUGCAAGCACAGUACAGUUUGUCAUCAGAUCAGUUCCAAGCAAAGAGUGAUUGUAAAACUGAAUCCAUAUCCUCAACACGUAGAAUAGUCGUGUAUGACUCAAAGAACCUCCUCUCACUCCGUGUGGGACUCCAUUCAAAGAAACUGACAAAGGCAAUAUAGACAUUCCAGUGGUAAAUGAAAUUAUUAAUACCGAUAUUUUUGUGUGCAAUAAAUAAAAAUGCUUUGUCUGAAUCAUUCUCUUUUCGUUUAAAAACAAC